ACACGAGGGUUCUCGUUUUUGCUCGCGGGUUUUGACAUUGAUUUAAGGCCAUACGGGUUCGCCCGCACUCAUUUUGCUCACGAGCCUUUACUAAGCUGCGACCUGACUGAGCGGAGAGAAGCCACGAGGGAGAAUUUCACAAUUUUCCACUAAAGAAGCAUUUUAUAGGGUGAAUAAUAAUGGAUGAGUGGGAUGAAGCGGAAACCACUGCUAGUACCAUUGCAGCAACCAGUGACGGUCAUAGUGGAAGAGGCAGAGGAUUUAAAAACUCAUUCUCAGGUGAUAAAGAGACUAUGAAUGAUGGGAACAACUGGAACAGUAGAGCCGGAGAAAGCAGUGGUUCCAGAGGCAGAGGGCGCAGCAGGAUGGAUCACAAUGACUCCAACGAUAACAGUGGAGUUCAUGAAAACGGGUUUAGAGGAGGAAGAGGUGGUGGAAGAGGAGGAGGGGACUGUUUCAGAAGAGGUAUAGGUGGCGACCAAGGUGCUAGAGGAGCCUUUGGAGGAGGCUACCGUGGGAGAGAUGAGGAGAUCUUAACUCAUGGGGGAGCUGACGAUUCAGAAAAGAGGGAUGAAACGGAUGGUGAAAGACCAAAGGUCACCUAUGUCCCCCCAACGCUGCCUGAAGAUGAAGACUCAAUCUUUGCGCACUAUGAGAAAGGCAUCAACUUUGACAAGUAUGACGACAUUCUGGUGGACGUCAGUGGAACCAACCCACCGCAGGCUAUCAUGACUUUUGAAGAGGCAGCGUUGUGUGAGUCCUUAAGAAGAAAUGUCAACAAGUCUGGUUACCUGAAGCCGACCCCAGUGCAGAAACAUGGCAUCCCAAUCAUCUCUGCUGGCAGAGACAUCAUGGCUUGUGCACAGACUGGGUCUGGUAAAACGGCUGCCUUCCUCCUCCCUAUUUUGCAGCAGCUAAUGGUUGAUGGUGUGGCGGCCAGCUCUUUCAGUGAGCAGCAGGAGCCUGAAGCCAUCAUUGUGGCCCCAACAAGGGAGCUUAUCCACCAAAUCUAUCUGGAGGCCAGGAAGUUUGCCUUUGGAACAUGUGUGCGCCCAGUAGUGGUCUAUGGUGGAGUCAGCACUGGGUACCAAAUAAGAGACCUCUUAAAGGGGUGCAAUGUACUGUGUGGAACGCCGGGUAGACUGAUGGAUGUAAUAGGAAGAGGAAAGGUCGGACUGACUAAGCUGCGGUACUUGGUGCUGGACGAGGCCGACCGGAUGUUGGAUAUGGGCUUUGAGCCUGAAAUGCGUCGCUUGGUGGGCUCCCCUGGAAUGCCGUCCAAAGAGAAUAGGCAGACUCUGAUGUUCAGUGCCACCUACCCGGAGGACAUCCAAAGGAUGGCGGCUGACUUCCUCAAGACAGAUUAUUUGUUCUUGGCUGUGGGUGUGGUGGGCGGCGCAUGCAGCGACGUGGAGCAAACGUUUAUCCAAGUCACAAAGUUCUCAAAGAGAGAACAACUCCUUGACCUUCUUAAGACCACAGGGACUGAGCGCACGAUGGUCUUUGUGGAGACCAAGAGACAAGCGGAUUUCAUUGCCACUUACUUAUGCCAGGAGAAGGUCCUGACCACCAGCAUCCAUGGGGACCGUGAGCAGAGAGAGAGAGAGCAGGCUCUGGCAGACUUCCGCUGUGGCAAAUGUUCCGUCCUGGUGGCAACCUCAGUCGCAGCCCGUGGCUUGGACAUUCCAGAUGUGCAGCAUGUGGUGAACUUUGAUCUCCCAAACAACAUUGAUGAAUACGUCCACCGCAUUGGGAGAACUGGCCGCUGUGGGAAUACUGGGAGGGCGGUGUCAUUCUAUGAUCCUUGUGCUGACGGCCAGUUGGCCCGCUCCCUUGUCACAAUCCUGUCCAAAGCCCAGCAGGAAGUGCCCUCCUGGCUAGAGGAGUCUGCCUUCAGUGGCACUGGAACUGGUGGCUUCAAUCCCCCUAGGGGGAGCUUUGCCUCCACUGACUCCAGGAAGGGAGGAUCUUUCAAGGACACGGCUGUGCGCAGCCAGCCUGCUGCUCAGGCUGCAGAUGAUGAUGAUGAUGCCUGGGAGUAAAAAUAGAUGGCGCAGCUUCCCCACUCAACCAACCUAAGUUCUUUUCCUUUUCAGGUGUUCCGCUUGUUGUAGUUAGCAAAUUUCUUUUGAGAUGCUAAACGUGGUUGCCUUAGGUAUGAUGUCUCUUCAGUUAAUGUUUUAUUUUGUAAAACCUCUUGUAGCUAACGUUAAAUAAGGAAACAACGUGUGUUCAUCCAAACUUCAUGAGGUUAUAUUUCAACAAUAUUUUCUUUGUUAUUGGGUUAAAGACUAUUAAAUACAUAUUUGUUUAAAACAAAGCAUACCGUUA